UUUUGAAACAGACUAAGUUGAUAAUUUGGGAUGAAGCAACAAUGGCUAAUAAAUUUUGUUUUGAAGCACUAGACAGAAGCCUAAAUGACAUCAUCAACAAUGAUGGUGAUUCUAUUUCACCAUUCGGAGGAAGAGUGAUUGUCUUUGGAGGAGAUUUCAGACAAACUUUACCAGUUAUUCCUGGAGGAAGCCGUUCAGACAUUGUUAAUGCUACAAUCAAUUCUUCAUAUCUAUGGGAUGACUGUCAGGUAUUGUCUCUUACUAAAAAUAUGCGACUCCAAAACAAUUUGGAUAUGACAAGUGCUACUGAGCUCAAAGAAUUUUCAAAAUGGAUAUUGGAUGUGGGGGAUGGAAAAAUAUCAGAGCCAAACGAUGGUUAUGCAGAAAUAAAAAUUCCAGAUGAAUUCUUGAUUAAAGAAUCUGAUGAUCCAGUAGAUGCAAUAGUUCGUAGCACGUAUCCCAACUUGCUGGAGCAAUACCAAAAUGAGGAAUUUCUCAAGUCUAGAGUUGUCUUAGCAUCAACUAUUGAAAUUGUCGAUAAAAUUAACGACUAUGUUCUUUCAACGCUCCCAG